CUAGUUGCGCAAGUAUGUGAAUAAGAGAACUGCUAUAGGCUGGAAAUUUCCAGAAUUAUAUGUUUUCUGAUGCAAUUGCUGCCCAUUUCUUGUGCUGUGUAUUGUUGCUGCACUGGCAGGCUGCCUGGAGCACUGUCUGCUGCUGCAGUGAGUGCAGGAAGGGGGGCUGGGCAGAAGGAGGCACGGAGGGCAUAAUGAUAGAGGGGCAGAAUUACAGGAUCCCAAAAGUUGUAUCUGUAUGGCUCUUCACAGGUUCUAGAUCAAGCCAUCUAUACCAGGUGAGAUUCUGCUUCUAACAAAAUUCUCACUUAUUUGCUGUACUUAGAUCUAUCUCUAUGGAGGGGACACUACUCAGGCCCAGGUCCUGCAAUUACAAGGUGUCUGCAAAGAUCGUUAAGAACAGCAGGGGCUCUGUAAACAAACACGUUGGCACCUGUCUCCCAUUUUCUCAUGUUAGUGCAGCUCAUGAAUGAAGUUACAUCUUAAAAACUGCAUUAGAGGACAGGAAGCCUGGCCUGCAUAUAAGGUCAUUUUUAAAAUAUUUUUCUUUAGGACAAAAGGAGCGUAUUACUGAGGCCAGAUUCUGCUUUCAUUUGCAAGUAUACAGAAUGCAGGUGUGGGCAGAGUUUAGCCUAAAAUAACUGGAGGCAAAAGGAAGAAAAAAAUGGCUUAAAAAUGUGAUGUCAGCAGGAGAUAAUGUGCCUGUGGGACACUAGCUUUCUGAAGCUGAUUUCUGUAAUCAACACAGCUCAUUACUGUACCUGUGCACAAUGUUACAAAUGGCAUUUUGAUGAACGUAUUUUGUCUUUCCAUCGUGCUUGCUAGUUGAUAAUUUUUGUGCCCAAAUUGCUGAACCAUGAGCAUUGUGUCAAAGAAGAGGCAAGGAGCAGAUUCCCUUUGUCAGAAGCAGACAGCCUGUGCCAAGCUCUCAGUCAGUCAUUUUCAACCUUCUUCCAUUUAGACCCCUGCAAAUUCUCCUAUGGAGGUACAGGACUUUGUAUAGAUGCCUUUUUCCCCUGCAGUGAUAACCAUACUGCUUUCCUUUCCCUUUCAGGCUACUGACUUAGAGGUACCAUUUUGAAAAUUAGUCUCCCAAGCAAUUUAAUUCUGUGUGUUCACAUUUUCACUUCCUCUUAAAAAAAAAACAAAAAACCCUAACAACAACAAAAAAACAACCAGUCACUUUCUUAUAAUACCUCAGUUCAGUCCCUACAAAUACUGAUGUUAUUAUGGCAAUGUAUUGGACAAUUCAUACUGCAGAGAAGGAAGGAAGUGGCCAUGUAUCUAAGUUCAGCCAGCAGCGUGGGACAGCAAAUUGCAUUGCAAAGCACAUAGUUCUGGCUCCCAUGAAUUCACUUUUGUGCUUUGGCAAGGGACAAAACCCAGCUGGGCCUCUGCACUUCUUUCCCAUAAAAGGUGUUUCUAAGUGUUGGGGGGCAAUAAAAUACUGGAAGCUGGAAGCUGUUGUAUAUGCCUUGCUUUGAGACACAGUGAGUUAAUGGCAGAGGAUGCGGUCCUACAGGCUUGCAUUGCACUAUCCUUCCAGAGACUGAAAGGGUUAUGAGCCUUUUAUGCUCCAGUCUUGACUGUGGGCUUUAGUCAUUAGAGUAAUAAAUUAGUGCACUCAGGAGUUAUGUUGCGGCACAGUUUUCUCAUAUUUUUCAUCUGCUCAGCUGUAUUCACAGUUCCCUCUGCUGGAGUUGUCAGGGGAAGUGCAAAAGGUCCAGAAUUGUUAGGAAAAUUCCUAAAUACAAUUAGUAGCGUCAGUGGGCCAAGGAGAUGCUCAAAAUUCACUUCAUUCUCACUCCUUCUCAAAGGAGAAGGAAAAUGAGAAACAGAAUGGGACUGUAAAUGAUAUCUCAAACGUAAAGGAAAAAGAUGACUGAAAGAGGACUGACUUGAGGAUUUGAAUAUCUUUUAUUUAAUAUUUUAUGGUAGUCAAACACUACUGUGCAGUGUCCAGAGAGGUUGUGGAGCCUCCAUCCUUGGAGAUCUUCAAAACCCUACUGGACAUAGCCCUGGGCACCCUGCUCUGGGUGGCCCUGCUGAGGAUGGUGUUAGAGUGGAUGGCCUCUGGAGGUCCCUGCCAAGUGAUUCCGUUACAUCAAGAUUUAGGUAUCUCUUUCUCUUUUCCAGGAAGGAAGAGUGAGCUGGGAGAACAAAAGAGAAAAGUAAAAUCUUUCCUUUUUUAGUCUCAUAGCAUUAGUUCCUGUUAACCUUUGUAACUGUUGCCAACCUUGUCAAUAUGAGCAGUAUCAUUAGCUCAGUAGAUUAUUAUGCUCCAAUAUCAAGGGCAAAGAUAAUUUUUCAGCAUAUCCAUGCUACCUCUGAGGUUUCCCUUAGUGUGGAAAUGACGGGGCAGGGAAAAAGCACUGAGGUACCCAUAGGUUCCGUUUCCUUAUAGGGUCAGGAUUUGGCCAAAGUGCACAUCUCAACCGGGAACCAGGCAAAGCUGCUGGGAUGUUUCAUGUAGACAUAGGUCAUGCAUGCAUGAGUGAGGAUACUGUGGUAUACUCACAGAGAAGUGUGUGUGGGAAGAGGUUUAUUAGCCAUGCUGAACAGCUGCUCAUGUUUAAAAGAAAGAUAGGACCACAGUUUUAAAUGGAGUCCACGCAUGGUGCACGUUAGUCAGUAAUGUCUGUGGGGCUGGGUGUUUGGAGCCUUGGGCCCCAGGCUCUUUGGCUACAUCUGCAAGCAGACACAAUGCUGUUUCUUUCACUUCAGGCACUUUGUCAUCUGCUUCAAUUUUCAGCCUCAAGUAAGGCACCUGAAGAUGACAUCCAGAGUCAGAUGUAGGCAAAAUAGGCAGAUGUCUCAGCUGGAGCUGGCUGAGGAACAACUGAACUCUUCCCAUCUCUUCUUCCAUGCCUGUGCCCUCCCGAGAACUCACAGAAUACUGCUAGCCCUACCCCUCUCUCCCUCUGCUUGUGCUGCUAGAUUUCAUUUUGCAGUUCUGAGGCAAUUGAACAGUUUUGCCUGACAACUGAGAAUCCCUGGACUGGCUUAGGUGAGAGGCUGGAUUCCAAAAUGAGUCUGCUGAGCUUCACAGCUGGCAUAGGGAGAACUACAUUUCCAGGGACAGGAGCGGGGACAGGGUGCAACCCAGAACAGGACUAUGCCUUUCUGUAGUGUAUGAUCCACUCCAAUCAAUGUUAAACUUCAUCCAUAGAUCCAUGCUUUUCUCUGUCUGAGAGCACUCAGGAGUUGGAGAAAGCUUUACAAAAGGAUUUGAGGUGGAACUCAAAAGACUGAGGCUCCUCCAAGUAAGUUUUAGGUACUGAAGUGUGAGACUGCAACGCUGAAAAGAUUUGCUACUUUGUUCCCUAAUCCAGGAGGUGCCCCAUUUUAUGUUGCUUUUUCCUCUUCUCUUCGUGCUCCCAAAUGUAAGGCACUGUACUCAAUAUAUGGUAAUCUAUCAGUUUACACAUGACAUGCAAAUAUGACUGGUAAAGUCCUGUUGCACAUGUGCCAGCAGUUUAUACCACAGUUAGUCAGAGAAAAGUUGAAAAUGAAGAAAAAGGAACAUUUCCAGGCAGAGGAGGAAAUGGGUGGGACAAGAUGAACAAGAGAACAGGCUUAGUCUGCAUCCCUCCACCCCAUACACGUGUAUAAAAGUAGUGAAGGAGUGAUUUCCCUUGCUCCUGGCUAUCACUGGUUCUCUGCUUCUCCUCGGGACUACACAGCAUCCCUCCGAGAUGUGGGCAAAGACGAUUACAGGAAACUUUGCCAACGUGAUUCAUGGUUUGAGUACAAACCAUCUGACAGAUCAAGUCAUCCAGAGAAGCAAGCGAAUGAUUCUGGAUACCCUUGGAGUAGGACUUCUGGGUACCAGCACUGAGGUGUGCCAGAAAGUCAAACAGUACAGCAAGAUCUACAGCUCAGAUAUAUCCAGCACCAUCUGGGGCCACUUGGAUUUCCGACUGCCUCCUCUGUAUGCAGCUUUUGUGAAUGGAGUGGCUGUGCACUCAAUGGAUUUUGAUGACACAUGGCAUCCCGCCACGCACCCAUCUGGGGCCGUGCUCCCUGCUGUGAUUGCUCUCUCUGAGGCCUUUCCUCAGAAGAAAAAAAUCUCAGGCCUUGACCUGCUCUUAGCUUUCAAUGUGGGAAUUGAAGUGCAAGGCAGGUUGUUACGCUUUUCCAGCGAAGCCAGGAAUAUUCCUAAAAGGUUUCACCCACCAACAGUGGUUGGUACAAUGGGGAGUGCAGCAGCUUGCGCAAAACUGCUAGCUCUUAACCAGAUGAAAUGUAAAAACACCUUGGCUAUUGCUGCCUCCUAUGCAGGUGCCCCACUGGCUAACGCAGCAACUCAAACGAAACCCCUCCACAUUGGCAAUGCUGCCAAGCAUGGACUGGAAGCGGCUUCCUUAGCAUCACGGGGUCUUCAAGGAAACAACCAGAUCUUGGACAUGGAGUCAGGGAUAGGUGCCUUUUAUACAGAUUACAACCCACAGACUCUGCCAACCUUGCAGUCCUAUCCCUGGCUGUUGGACCAGCAAGAUGUGGCCAUCAAACGCUUCCCUGCUCAUCUUGGAACACACUGGGUGGCUGAUGCAGCGUCUUCUGUAAGGAGGAAGCUUGUCAAAAACAGUGACAACUUGCUUCUCCUUGAUAAAAUUGAGAAAGUUAUUGUAAAAGUCCCAGAGGUCAAAUACGUGAACAGACCCAGCCCUAACUCAGAACACGAAGCUCGACACUCCUUCCAGUUUGUUGCCUGCUCUGCUUUGCUGGAUGGCACCAUGUCCGUCCAGUCCUUCGCCAGUGAGAACAUUCACCGGCCAGCCUUACGGGAGCUCCUCUACAAAACACAGCUAGAGCACCCUUCUGAUAACAAACCCAGCUUCGAGAGUCUUUAUUGCGAAGUGACUGUUGUGCUUCGGGAUGGGAGCACGAUUAGCGACCGCUGCGACACGUUCUAUGGACACUGGAGGAAACCUCUGACAAAGGAGGACUUGGAGAAAAAAUUUCAGUCCAACGCUUCUGAAGUCCUCCCCGCAGAAGCCAUAGAAGGCAUUAUAGAGACCGUGUACAAUCUGGAAAAAGUAGAGGACUGUUCUGUAUUAAGUAUGUUUUUGUCAGGACAGUCAGCUAGAGUACUUCCAGAGAAGCUGCACUUACUUUGAACAUUCCAACUCACAAAGCAAACAAAAUUCAGGAAAAGCUCUUAUUUAAUAACCAAAGCACCGAGUAAAUAAUUUAGAGAUAGCAUGCACAGUUCAGUCAGAAGGGCUGAAGAUUACUUCAGCUAUCUUUCUAUGUUUAUACCGCUAAAGGUAGAGUACUGCCAGCAUGCUGCACAAAAAAUUUCCCUCUUCUGCCAAAAGAAGUCUGCACGGUCUACUUCAGCUUAACCACUUCAUAAAGGAAAUACAAAUUCUGGAGGAGCUUGGAAAUGCUAUCUGUGAGAAACAUUGCUAUGAGUCCAGAAAAUUGAAGCCUUUACCUGUGUAUUUCUGUACAUUUAGCUAUAUAGCUUUACUGAAGAGGCCACCUGCUGCACCAGAGCUUUGGUGUUUGUGCUAAAAGGAACACACCAAACAGAGUAGCAGCACUUGACACUGCAGCACAUCAGGCUUCAAUAUCAGGACUGGCUUUCUGGCACCAGCUUGCUGAGCGAGGGACAUCCUAUGCUUCUUGUCCUAAAGCAUUAUUUCCCAGCUCUAUCUUCUGGCUGCCUAAUAGUACGGGUUCAUUACUGCAGUAUUCUCACUUCAGUUACAAGGCCCCAGCUCAACAAGAAAUUCAGCCCCACUUUCCCCAGCAGCAGCCAAAGAGAUGACCAGGCACUUUUAAAGAACUGUGCACUAAGGCGGUGGGGUAUUUAUCCUUGGUAGGCAAGAAACAUUUUAAGAUGAGAUAGGUUACAGCAGUCCUCUAUGUUUUCUGACUGCAUAAAUGCAACUGUAGUCCUGUUAAAAGAUAUACUACGCUCUUGUGAAUGGUUGCAAGUUAAAACAAACACUCUGCUUCUGCUAUGCUGAGUUUAUGCUGUUUACUACAGUGCUGUCUUUCUGCUUUCACAACCAUCCCGCACCAAUCAGGGAUGCCAUGCUUAGAUUACUGCAGACAGUGCAAAGCAUGGGCUCCAGCACAGUAGUUACGAUAGACUGAGAGCUGUAUGUAUCAAAACACUUCAUAUGCUGAGACCACCAAGUAUCCACAGGGACAGUCACCUCAUCUUCACAACUAAAUCUGUUCCCUCGAGUCUUGCCACUUGUCCUAAGAUGCAUAAAAAGGUACCUACAAAAACUAAAAUCACAGAAUAAAGGUAACUAAUUUUAGGAAAUAAACCCCAAAUUAUUUCAUUUAUUAGAACGAAAGUUGUCUAUUUUCCACAUGUGAAGUAUUAAUCCAAUCUUAAGCCUCUGACUCUUGGUUUAUAACGUUAGUUUAUCUGGGGGCUCCAAAAAUUUCACAAGUCCAUUGGUUGGUCUUGCAGGAAAAAAAAAAAAAAAACUUUUUUUUCUUUAUCCCUUUUGAUUAGAAAGUAAAACUGAAUUACUUUCUUCUAUGCUGAAGAUAUACAUAGAGACACAAAGACAUUCCAGCCACGUCAUCUGUAAUUAUACCUGGGUGAUCUCAAAUGUAAGUUACUGAGUAGUGAUGUGAUAAAACCCCACUGAAUGAGGAAGGUGACUACAUUAUCUUACUAUGACUGAUACAUUUGGAUUUAUAAAAAUAAAAUAAUAAACACACUUCCAACGCAUGUUUUCUAUGUUAAAGGUAAAAC